AUGUUUAAACCAAAAAUGAGAGAAAAUCAAUAAGAUUUUCAUUGUUAGAACAAACAUGACUCAUCAAUUCAUCUAGUUGUACUUGAUUAGAAUUUAGAUAAGAAAGAAAGACUUUUAUGUAAUGAAUGUAUGGAAAAUUUCAAAUCAGAUGCUUAGACGAUGGAAUUUAAAAAAGUAAAUUAAAUUAUUGAGGAUAUUAUUGAGUAAAAUAUGAAAAGCUUUGAAAAUAUUUCCUAAUAAACAGUUUAAUAACUAUAAACUUAUAUAAAAAGUUUAUAAGAAUUAAAAACAUAAUUCAUUAAAUUAUUUGAUACUUUAAUUAAAAUAGCUGAAGAUUGGAGUGUAAAUUUAUUGGAAUAAAUAUAAUAAUACAACUAAUACAGCUUCUAUGAUGAAUUAGAUAGCUUUAUUAAGAAUAAGAAUACUAAUUAUGUUUCUAAUUUAUCACUUAUUAAUAAUAUUAAUAGAUCCUGAAUGACUAAAAUAUCUAAUAACUUAAAUUAAUACCUUCAAAACAAAGAUAAAGUUAGAUUUAAGGAGAUUAAGUCACAAUUUAUUAAAAUUAGUUGUUCAAAUUUCUCACAAUUCGGUGAAAUAAAUAAUUAUUUAGAGCAAAAUCAAUCAAUCAUUUUAUAAGAAGGUGAAAUAAAUUUCAAAUUAAUUGAUUAAUCGGUUAAAUAAAGUGAGGCAGCAUGUAAUGCAAUCGUUUUGAUUCUUCUGGGUCAAUUAUAUUAUCAACCGAAAAGAUUGAUAUUAAAGUAUGGAGGUUUGCAAAUGGAAAACUAGAAUUAAUAAAAAUAUUGA